AUGUCGUCCUCCGGUAAAGACAGGGUUACGAAGAAUAAAUCGACGCAGCGAGAUGCGACGAGGCGCAAAAUUGAACAAUUAAGCAAAAAGCUCGGGAAAGAUGGCAAAAAACGGUUGCCCCUGGUGGAGCGCACCAACAAGUUAUCGCUGGCCGAAUUUAUGAAGUUAUAUGUAUCGGCUGAGGACCUCGAAUAUCGGAGAAGCCCUACUAAAAACACGAUUGCGUUGGAAAAUGAGCAAGAGUUACAUUACUCGCUCGAUAUUUACACCGCUGAUUCUAUUCCGGAUGCGGAUUUUGAGGCUUGCUUUAGAUUGAUUGAAGAAACGUCUUCAGAUGCCUACAAAGGGUCUAGCUGGGGAUGGUCUCCGAAGAAAAAAAUGAAGGAGAUGCGACUGCCUGAUAUGAGAUAUUUGAUUUUGCGACGGGGUCCGAAAACAACUCCUGAGAACAUGGAAAAAGGGGAAGGGAGCACUGUAUCCCCCACCGGACAAUUCCUAGGGUUUACCUCGUUUAUGGUCACGUACGAGGAUGGGAAAGAGGUGGUUUACUGUUAUGAAAUCCACUUGUCCUCGGAGGCUCAAGGCCAGGGACUUGGUUCGCAGCUGAUGAUACGGUUGGCGAACAUCGGGCGACGUAUCGGCCUGGUAAAAGUGAUGCUGACUGUCUUCAGAUCGAAUGACAAAGCAGUAAGUUUUUAUUAUAAGCUUGGGUUCACCGAGGACGAGUUUUCUCCACCACCUCGCGUACUGCGAAACGGAAUGGUGAAGGAGCCGGACUAUAUGAUCCUGUCUAAGUCGCUGCGGUCUAAACGGUGA